AUGGGCGCGCUGUCCACCCGCUGUCAGUCAGGGCCGGGGGCGGGGCUCGGGGCUCGUCCAAUGGGCGCGCGGUCCACCCGGAUCGCGGCGGGCGGGGCGGCUUCCGCAGUGCGCGCCUUUGUGUCGGAGCGCGCGGCCCGUCCUGCAGCUCGGGGACGCCGGGACCGUUUCCUUCCUGGAGUUUGGGGGCUUCGGUUCCCACUGUGCGGCCCGAGCCACCGUGCGGCGGGAGAGCGGACGGAGCCGCUGGCGUUGGGGACGCCGGACAUGGAGUUGGUAUCAUUUGAAGACAUAGCUGUGGACUUCACCCGACAAGAGUGGCAGGACCUGGAUGUUGCUCAGCGAAACCUCUACAGGGAUGUGAUGCUGGAGAACUACCACAGCCUGGUGUUCUUGGGGAACUGUAGGACCAAACCAGUUUUGAUUUUUAAGUUGGAGCAUGGAUUUGCACCAUGGAGUGUAGAAGAAAACUCAAUUCAGAGACUUUCAGAAUUGAAAAGUCAGCAGAAAAUCAUUUGGACAAAGCUUCAUGAUGUGUGGACCUUUAAACAAUGCCAGAAUGCUGAGAGGCCAUAUGAAGUUAAUGAAUAUGAGAAUGUUUUCUCCAAAAAGCCAAAACUCACUAUGUUUCAGAGAACUGAUAUAAGUAAGAAGCCAUAUAAAUACAAUAAGCAUGGGAAAUCUUUCCUUGUUAAAUCUGACCAUAAUACACAUCAGAAAAUCCAUACAGGAGAGAAGCCAUAUAAAUGUACUGAAUGUGGGAAAGCUUGUGCGUCGAAGUCAAAUCUCAGUGUGCACCAGAGAACACAUACAGGUAAGAUGCCAUAUGAAUGUAAUGAAUGUGGGAAAGUCUUCAUCUUCAAGUCACGGCUCACUGUGCACCAGAGAACUCACACCGGUGAGAAGCCAUAUGAAUGUAAGCAGUGUGGGAAAGCUUUUAUCCUCAAAUCACGACUCACUGUGCAUCAGAGAACUCAUACAAGUGAGAAGACAUAUGAUUGUAAUAAAUGUGGGAAAAGUUUCAUAUUCAAGUCUUAUCUCAGUAAUCACCAAAGAAUCCAUACAGAGGAGAAGCCAUAUUUAUGUCAUGAGUGUGGGAAAAGUUUCAUAACCAAGUCAUAUCUCAGAAAGCACCAAAGAGUCCAUACAGGGGAGAAGCCAUAUGCAUGUCAUGAAUGUGGGAAAGCAUUCCUACAAAAGUCAAAUCAAAUUAGGCACCAGAUAAUUCAUACAGAUCAGAAGCCCUAUGAAUGUAAGGAAUGUGGGAUACCUUUUCUUACCAAAUCAUAUCUUAAUAAUCAUCAGAGAAUUCAUGCAAGGAAGAAUCCAUGUGAAUGUAAUUGA